GCCCCGGGCUGCUCACGCUACUCUCCGCCCGUUGUCCUGCCCGAAGAGUUCACUGUUGAACCGCAGCUAUGAAGGCGACACUGUGCUUGACCUUUGUGGGCCUGCUGGUCGCCACCGCCAGAGGCAGCGACGAACUAUGCGACCUGGCCGACAACAUGAAAGUGCAGGCGGUGCAGUGCAUUACAAGCCACGUUUCAGAACAGAUGAAGAGCAAGUGGGAGGCCCUGAAGCAGACGUUUGGAAGUCAGGAUGACUUGCUCGCUACCAACAAGCUGUGCGAACUUCGCAAAGGGGCUACGGAAUCCGGAGAAAAGACGGUCAUUUUCACGAAAACCGAGGAGGACGAGAUCAAGUCUGCUUUCGAAGCUUGCAAAGCACAGGCUCAGCCUAAGACCAACUGAGCUGGUCUGUGUGGGUCAAGAGACCCUCUUCACCAAGGCCCAGCAACAGCUGAACCUCUCCCUCGUCGCUCGGGACCGUUCAGAUUAGUAUGCUGGCCUAUCAUUUUUCAUUACAAGCAAUAAACUUUUAAAAUG